CGGGCGACGGGCCUACGGUUUCCGGGAAGGGCUGCGCGGCUGCGUAGGAGGUCACAGGCGAUUUCGAGGCAGCCUGUGCGGCUUGGGGUCGCCAUGGAGAGCGGGUCGCGACCGUCGCUCGGCCAGGUCAUCCUGCUGGGCACCAGUUCGAUGGUCACCGCCGUACUGUACUCCAUAUACCGGCAGAAGGCCCAGGUCGCACAGGAACUCAAGGGAGCUAAGAAGAUUCAUUUGGGUGAAGAUUUAAAGGACAUUCUUUCCGAAGCACCGGGAAAGUGUGUGCCUUAUGCUGUCAUUGAAGGAGCUGUGCGGUCUGUCAAAGAAACACUCAACAGCCAGUUCGUGGAAAACUGCAAGGGGGUGAUCCAGCGGCUGUCACUGCAGGAGCAUAAGAUGGUGUGGAACCGAACUACCCACCUUUGGAAUGACUAUUCCAAGAUCAUUCAUCAGAGGACUAACACUGUGCCCUUUGACCUCGUGCCCCAUGAAGACGGUGUGGCUGUGUCCGUGCGAGUGCUGAAGCCCCUGGAUUCAGUGGAUCUGGGUCUAGAGACUGUAUACGAGAAGUUCCACCCCUCUGUGCAGUCCUUCACAGAUGCCAUCGGCCACUACAUCAGUGGGGAGCGGCCCAAAGGCAUCCAGGAGACAGAGGAGAUGCUGAAGGUGGGAGCCACCCUCACAGGGAUUGGUGAACUGGUCCUGGACAACAACUCUGUCCGCCUGCAGCCCCCCAAGCAAGGCAUGCAGUACUAUCUGAGCAGCCAGGACUUCGACAGCCUGCUGCACAGGCAGGAGUCUAGUGUCCGGCUCUGGAAGGUCCUGGUCCUGGUGUUUGGCUUUGCCACCUGUGCUACCCUCUUCUUCAUCCUGAGGAAGCAGUACCUUCAGCGGCGGGAGCGCCUGCGCCAGCAGCAGCUCCAGGAAGAGUUCCUUGAACAUGAGGCCCAGCUCCUGAGCCAAGCCUCGCCUGAGGACAGGGAGAGUCUGAAGAGCGCCUGUGUUGUGUGUCUGAGCAACUUCAAGUCCUGUGUCUUCCUCGAGUGUGGGCACGUGUGUUCCUGUCGCCAAUGUUACCUUGCCUUGCCAGAGCCCAAGAGGUGCCCGAUCUGUCGGCGGGAGAUCACCAGGGUGAUACCCCUGUAUAACAGCUAGAGGUCUGUGGUCACACUGCAAGUGACCCUCCCCUUGUCAGGGUCUGUCUGAGGCCUUUGGUGGGAUGGUUGUACCUUCAUGUAUGAUGGAGGGGCACCGGCGAGCCGCACAGCUCCAACAGCUGGGUGUGGCUUUUCAACCUGGACCUGGCGGGGCCCGUGGUGAGCCCCUCUUAGGAGCUACAUCCUUGUGUAUGACUGAAUAAGACCAGCUCAUUGUCCAGGCUCCAAGGCCAGGCCUCUCUACUCUUGCUCCCUGGAGAGUGGGUGUGGGAGGGGUGAGUGAGUCUGGGAGGAAGGCCAAGCGCUGAGGGCCUUACAGUAUGGCCUCUUGGGAGACUGCCCAGACUCCUCUUCUUGCUUCUGCUCAAGGGAAGGAAUUUCUUUGGACCUGUCAGGUAGGCAGGCCGCUGUGUCUCUCUCUCUCUUGCUUACUGAGUAAUGUUUGCACAUGUAUGAAGACAACAAAAAGUGAGGUCAGCCGUCUGCAUGGCUGGGGCAUAGGUCAGCAGGAGGACAGGAGGCGUUUCUAGGUGUUUCUGGGUUGGCAGGCAGCCUGGCUGUUUUCCUUUGUCACAGGGAAGGCACCAGAGCUGAGGAUGUGGGACUCCUACUGCCUGGCUUCCCAGGCGGCUCUGGUUUCCCACAGAGAGACCUCAUGCAGAGAGUAAAGGUGGCUGCCGCCCUGGCCUCUGGCCUUUGUAGCUUUGCUUGCUUUUGCCAAAGAGAAGUAGCUGGCCAGCACACACAGUGAGCCAGUUAAGACCACCUCACUGCCCCCAGCAGCCCCCUCUCCCUCACCCACCCCCGACUUGUGAGUGCAAGAGAAAUUAGAGACAUCCAAACAGCUCUUCUCUUCCUUGGCCGUUCGUCUGGCCUCCUGUGUGAGGGGAAGGGCUUCCUGGUGCUGGCUGAGACGAGUGCUUGCCGCGUGUGAGCUGCACAGGUUAGACGGGCUGCGUCACGUGUGUGUCAGUUGCUUAGUUCACUGACGUGGCCGAGGCUUCCCCGGGUGGAGUUAAAGCUCUACCACCACAGGAUGAAGAUGGAUCCUGGAGACUCCUGGUUUCAUGGUUGUUGAAGCCCCAUGCUCGUCAGGCCCACAGUGGGACUGUAGGGAGCCCUGAGAACUUCCCUAGACAGCUGGCCUAGGGUGCCACCUGGCCUUGCUGACAUAGUUGUCUGACAAAAUGUGCCUUGUCUGGAACACUGGAGAAGCUGAGGUAGUGUAGGGGAUGGAGGGACAGCAAGGGGAUAUUAAUGUUCAGUGUUGUGUGCCCACUAUUGUUCCAGCUACUGUCAUAAGCUGGGCCUGGUGGCAAGCCAGUCUUGUGAGUUGGAGGCUACCCCAGUCUACAUAGUGAGACACCCUCUCAGAACAGCUGGGGCUGGAGUGAUGGCUCAGUGGCGAGAAUCAGCGCUCUGCCUGGGUGGUCCCAACCAUCUAGCUCUAGUUCCUGGGGAUGCCACGCCCUCUUUUGAGGGUACUAGACUGCAUACUGUGCAAACAUACAUGCAGGUAAAACAUGCAUGCACACAAAACUGAAAACCUGGAAAAGAAAAACCAACUCUGCAUUUGCAAAGGGAGUCACUCACCACACCCCACAGGCUGUGUCAGUGAGUGUAUGAGCCAGAAGAGGUGACGUCCAUGAGAGUUGAAAGCAAGUUACAGCCACCAGUGAACUCCAGGUAAACAGCUUCAGGAGCGGACUGCAAACUGCCCAGUAAAUUCCAAGUAGUUCAGUGGCAGCGGAAGUCUGUAGAGGAAGAUGACAGAGUCCGAUGUCCAGUAGAGUCCUGCCCAGUGAGGUGUGAAGACCUUGGCUAGACUGGGUAGGGGACUCGAAAGCCCUUCCCUCUUCCCUGGCCUUUCUGUAGGGCAGCUGCCAGGGUCCAGUGGGGCUUAGGGAGUGAUUUUGGACCCACUUAUGCCAGAAUCAAGAACAAAUCUCAUCAAAGGGAUUAGGAGAAGGGCUUGUCUGCCCCACCCAGUAGACCCCUGCAGGUGCCUCCCACCAUGGAGACAGCAGAAGAGUCUCCCAGCCAUUGGAAGUGGGCGUGUCCCUUGCCAUAGGCUAGGUCCCUGCUUGAGCCCAGCAUAUCUGACCUUGCUGACUUGCCAUCUCCUCUGUCGUCUGUGGCAGCUCCUUCCUUCUGCUUUAUAAGUCUCACUUCCAGGAGGAUUCUGAGGCCUCAUGGGGGUCCCAACAACCUAAGCCAAUAGGUGGGACCAAGACCAGGUUGAAGGGUGCUGAGGGAAGUGGAGCUAGGAAGGGAACUAUCAGUGGGGCUGGGUGUCCUGAGUGCCUGUCAUUGUCAGCUCCUUUAAUCCUCGCUGACAGGGCUAGGCAGGAGUCAUCUGUAAUAACUUACUGGCUUGGACUACCUGUGCAGGUACUGUACAUGCUAAGGUUUCAGCUCCCCACAUUUGGUAUUGGUACCCCUAGUUCAUUUUCAGUACUUGAACUCAGCCUAAUAAAGCUUGCAGCCUUUGCUGGGAGCACUUCAGACCCGGGAACCCAGAAAGAGAAGUUGUCGACAGGCAGUCCUGCCCUGUGUCCAUGGCCCUGGGUUCCAGGACCUUGGAGACUGAUCUACAGAUGCCUCAGCCCUUAUGAACGAUGGCCUAGAGUCUGCUCAGUUUUUCGUGCAUCCUCCUGUGCACAUGGAGUCAUCUCUAGGUUAUCCUGAUAAAAGGCAGGUCCCAGGUGCCUGGAGAGAGCUGACUGCUGCUUGGGGAAUAGGAAAAUAAAUGUGUACAUGCUCA